GAAGAAAUGUGCAGAAUCAUAACAUAAAUGGCAGAUUGUGAAAACGAAACAUUUGCACAUUGUGAUGCUUUUCCUCCCUUAAUUUACUGUUGAGGUCCUUCUUCGUAAUCUUCCCGUGAUGUCUCUCAACCAAUUGGCAGAAGAUGCUGGAUUGUCAAUUUGUCACCAUUUCCUGAGUCGCUGAUAUCUCACCGGAAAUGGCGGUAAGAACUACUCACUUCAACAACGCACUAUGGCUCCUAAAGCCUUCAUUUCUUUCCGGUCGUUCCAGAGCAUCUACUGCUCGCUUCAAUGCUCGCUUCCGUCUUGGUCCGAACUCAGCUCCCGGAGCUUUGUUCUGCAGUUGCUCUGCCAAAAACGAUGCCCUCCCAAAAGAUGAAUCUUCGGAACCCUUUGUCAUCACAACCCCUCUUUACUACGUCAACGCGCCUCCCCACAUGGGCAGCGCUUACACCACUAUUGCUGCCGAUGCCAUUGCUCGCUUUCAGCGACUACUAGGAAAGAAAGUUAUACUAAUCACUGGCACAGAUGAACAUGGAGAAAAAAUUGCAGCUGCUGCCAUGGCUCAGGGUUCCACCCCUCGUGAACAUUGUGAUAUCAUAUCACAAUCUUACAAGACACUGUGGAAAGAUUUAGAUAUUGCUUAUGACAAAUUCAUUAGAACAACUGAUAGCAAACAUGAAGCAGUGGUGAAGGAAUUUUACUCAAGGGUGCUUGCCAAUGGUGACAUUUACCAAGAUGACUACGAGGGACUUUAUUGUGUCAACUGUGAGGAAUAUAAGGAUGAGAGUGAAUUGCUUGAUAAUAAUUGUUGUCCUGUGCACCUUAAGCCUUGUGUUUCAAGGAGAGAGGCUAAUUAUUUCUUUGCACUGUCAAAAUAUCAAAGAUCAUUGGAGGAAACAUUGAACGAAAAUCCAAAUUUUGUGCAACCUUCAUUCCGUUUUAAUGAGGUCCAAAGUUGGAUCAAAGAUGGUCUGAGGGACUUCUCCAUUUCCCGAGCAUCAGUUGAUUGGGGCAUCCCUGUUCCAAAUGACGAGACACAGACUAUAUAUGUUUGGUUUGAUGCUUUGCUUGGUUAUAUAUCAGCACUAUCUGAUGACAUGGGGCAGUCUGAUUUACUAAAUUCUGUUUCUUCUGCAUGGCCAGCUCAAGUACAUUUGAUUGGGAAGGAUAUUCUGCGUUUCCAUGCAGUUUAUUGGCCAGCUAUGCUAAUGUCUGCAGGAAUGAGACUUCCCAAGAUGAUAUUCGGUCAUGGAUUUUUGACAAAGGAUGGGAUGAAAAUGGGUAAGUCAUUGGGGAAUACACUUGAGCCAAAUGAUUUGGUUAACAAAUUUGGCACCGAUGCGAUUAGAUACUUCUUCCUUAGGGAGGUGGAAUUUGGCAAUGAUGGGGACUACUCAGAGGAACGCUUCAUCAAUAUUGUUAAUGCACAUCUUGCCAAUACAAUUGGAAAUCUUCUUAAUCGUACCCUAGGACUUCUAAAAAAGAACUGUGAUUCUACUUUAAUUGUUGAUUCCACUACUGCUGCAGAAGGAAACGCAUGCAAGGACAAAGUAGAGAGCCUGGUUGCGAAAGCUAGGACUCAAUAUGAGAAAUUCUCACUGUCAUCAGCUUGUGAGGCUGUGCUUGAGAUUGGGAAUGUUGGUAAUUCCUACAUGGAUGAGCAUGCACCAUGGUCUCUUUUUAAGCAAGGAGGUGUUGCUUCGGAAGCAGCUGCUAAGGACCUUGUUAUUAUAUUGGAAGCCGUGAGGAUCAUUGCUAUUGCGUUAUCCCCCAUUACACCAAGCUUGAGUUGGAGAAUAUAUGCUCAGCUUGGCUAUUCCAGGCACCAAUUUGAUGCAGCAACCUGGAUGGAUACUCAGUGGGGUGGGCUUAAGGGUGGCCGGGUCAUGCCUCAACCUACGCCAGUGUUUGCUAGGAUUGAAACCCAAACUGACAUGGAAGAUAAGGGGACACCAGCUGCGAAGGUGGUGAAGAAAACUAAACGGAGGAUGAUACAGCAUCAAGGUGUCGCAGAAGCUUGAGAUUAGAUUGUCUUCCUGUUUACCUUUUGUUCUAUUCACAACCAUUAUUUCUGGCUAAUUUUUCUUUGUAAAGUAGCAUAUUUUUCCUGUAUUUAAUAUUUUUUUGUCAGCCAACUACCUCUAUUUAUAUAUGUAGUAUUUUUUGGUCAAGAGGCUCAGCCCAAGUAGGAACAAUAAAGGAAGAAGGAAACCAGAACAAUCAACAGUAGUAUGGCUGAUAGUAGAGCAAGUAAUUCUUGCAUGCUAAAAUUUAUAGAAAGGUUCAAAUAAUUAAGUUCA